AAGCUCUGCUUCAAGCUGUAGUAGCGGACUGUUGCAAGACAAACUCAAGAAACGCGCGUUUAUUAAAACUGUAGAACUCGUGCGGUGCGGACGUAUUGUUUGACGUUUCGCGUACAUUGCAACAAAUUCCACGGAGAAAGAAUUGGUACCCAAGUAGAGAGUUUCCAAAGGGAAGUGCACUUAAUGGUUCAUUAAAAAAUUUAUAUUCUCCUUUCACUGCUAAAAUAGAGAAGUGCCGAAAAAGUGCAAUACAAAAAUCAAAACUAAUAAAAAGAAGAAAUUCAUCGUAAAGUAUAAAAUUAUGCGAUCAUCAGCACGAAUCCCUUACCGGGGAUUAAACACAUUGUGGCUAUUUGCCGUUUGUACUAUUACCGUUACUUUAUUGAGUGGAUCAUUUGUGACGACAGCUUUUGGAGCGCCAGCCAAACUUGAUGGCAUUGCACCACCACCACAAUCGCCAUUUCCUUUAGAAGCGCAACCAGCAGUAUUCACCGACGCAGUUGCUGCUGCUCUCAAUAGCGAUAACGGUGGCGGUGCUGGUGGUUUCAUCAAAAGCCAACCUUCGGCCGUUGAUAGUUAUGGUAAUCCGAUUGAGGCGCUCAAACCCAUCGAUACACCUGAUGGCCGGAAGGUAAUCAGUGCGCAGGGUUUACAAUUUGAAAUACCCAACUAUGCCUCGGGCAUAACCGAGAUAAAGAAGCCAGCCGAUGACCUACUGCCACCAUUCAUUGAUCCCAUUGCCGUUGGUGUGCCGAGCGACUCGAUUGAUGGUACAACCGGUACGGGAUCAUUUCCCGAGGCUGCUGCUACAGUAGAUGUGGAAAAUGCUCAACUAGUCGAAAUGAAGUCGGAGCAGUCAAGUCCAGUCUCACCAAAGCAAACCGGUCACGAACGAAAUAGCGCUCUUAACUCAUUACCGUCAUAUAUACUUGAACUUAACGACCCUGACAUUGGUGGUCCGGUUGAAUAUGUGCCCGCCGAUGAUACGUCAUCCUUGAAGGUCAUAGCAUGGGAUUUACUGCCACCACUAGAGCAAGAAUCCAAAAUAAGUACCUCUCUAACCGCGGCACAGACUUUAAAUUCGCAAGGCGGUCUAAACGCCGUCUCUAGUAAAGAAAGUGUUUCCAUAGUACCGCUUACUGAUUCAAAACGGAGUGGCGUUUAUUUCACGAGUUCAACUACUACCAUACCCAGGUCAACUACUGUGCGGACAACAAGGCCGACGACAACGAGGACUACAACGACAACCCAACGACCAACAACGACAACUCAUCGUCCAACUACGACAACCCAUCGUCCAACCACAACAACAACACGUCGCGCCACAACCACAUUCCGCACCACUACAACAACAACCACACCCGCGCCACUUAACCCCAACGACUUCUUCCAAUUGGAAGGUGGCGACUCUUACACCAUACCAUCUUGGUUGGCCGAUAUUGAUGACCCUGAGUUGGAUGCCGCUGUAACAUUUAUCACUCCGGAAAAUAUUCAAGAAUAUAAUGACACAAUUUCACGUGAUAUCCUCCCUCCACUUGAACCAUAUACCGAUCUUAAUAACAUCGAUUUGCCGGGACCAACAGGUCAAUUUACAACUACCACUACCACGAGCCGUCCACGUACCACAGUAACAACUUCUAGUACUCGUCAAGCAUUUACCACUACUACCCGACGUCCCACCGUUUCAACACCCCGACCACAUUGGGUGCGCGCUUAUCCCACGACCGCCCGAACUACCUCUACCACAACCACCCAAAGACCAAACACUUUCGAUGAUCGUUUCUCUUCUAAUCAUAUCGCACAAUCGCACGAUUCAAUACUCGCCUCAUCUACCACAUUUCCCAGUUCGAAAGUGAGCACAUCAUUCCUUAGUAAAAGCGCCACCAGCACCACAACGACGACACAAAGACCGCGUUUGAUAACACCUACGCACCAACAACACAAUGAUUUCAAUAGGUUUAAUCAAAAUCUUCCUACUACUAACACAGAUCAUAUAACGAAUACCGAAGUGGAGAAUAGUCAAGGAGCCGGAAAAUCAAAAUUCUCAAAUUCAAAUCCCUUCUUACCAACACGCAGCAAUGAUGCACCUUCGUUAGGAUCGUUGAAUACAAACAAAUUUUCCACUACAACCACAACAACCACAUCGACGACGACUACAACUCCAGCAACACCAAUAGAGGAGAAUCCAUUCGAUUCCGCCACCAUACCGUCAUGGUUAGCUGAUUUCGAUUAUCCCGACUUAGCCCCAGGUGUGCCGUUCAUAUACAAUACAGGCGACUCCAAGUCAGAGGUCUCCAAUGAUUUAUUACCACCUUCACAGCAGAACAUACUGGCGACAGAUGCAACAAAACCUGUUUUCAUAACAUCCUCCCCCCCAUCCUUUAAUUCCUUUCAAAUUUCACCCAGUUUAACUAAUCGGCACGACUCCAUUUCUGCUUCCGCCUCUACUUCUACUACACGUACUUUCGCUUUUAAUAAUUUCCCAUCAAAAGUCACCACAACUGUCAAACCAUCCAGCAUCCAUAAUGCAUUCGCGAUAGUGCCUAACAACAAAAACAACAAUCAAGAAGAGACGGCUGCUUUGCCACCAGUCCUUUUCAUACCACCUACUGCAGAAACCGAAAGUAACGUCAACGCUGCUGCCGUAAAUGAGGUCAACAAGGAAAAUCCACAAACAAACAAUCUAAACGCUAAUAAUUACAGCCAACAACAACAAACUCAACUGCAACCAGCAGCAACAGCUGGACAAGCAUUUAACCAGAAACCAUCCUCAUCAAGUUUUAAUAAAAAUUUUCCAGCUCCAUUCGAAUCAACAACGGCGCCUGGAAGCGCCGAUGCAGCGUCAUCAGGGGAUCAAGAACUUGGCAGUUCGACAAAGACCACUUUUACGAAGAGUAACGAAGGCAAAGUGAUAACCAACAACAUAUUCGGUUUUACCAGUGAUGCUACAAUACCAUCAAAGCAAUUUGGAUUUACUACGAGUACCACCGCUGGACAAACAACUCUUCAAAAAGAUUUCCAGCACAGUACAUCGGAUCGUUUCUCAAGUAGUAGCAGUAGCUUUAGUGGAAGUUCGCAAACCUUUAAUAAGGCUGCAACACCUAGCAGUUUCUCUAGUUUUACCAGCACACAGCAAAGCAUGAAUUUCGGCGGCUUUAAUAGCAACGGUGCCAUUGUUCCAGCAACUAGUAUUGGCGUUGGUAAAUACACUGGUGGUUUUGGUGGAGCACCAGGUGUGUUGGGCAGCGGAAAACUGGGUUAUGCAGUGCAAGCAGAUGGAUCUACCCGGCCUUCAUCCAGUGGCGCAUUCGGCCAGGCAACAGUAGGUCUACCUACAACCGCACCAAAGCUGCCCACAAACCCAAGUUUUGCAAACCGCAUCGGCAUUGCGACACCAGCCGGUGUCACGCCCGACACCGGCGUGGGUGUUAAUAAAUAUCAGGGCACUUUUGGCGGUCCACCCGGGGUGUUGGUCCCUUUUGACAUUGCCAAAAGCGGAUAAUUUCACUAUAAGUAAACACCACUAAGAGCCUAUCGGAGUGUCAAAGAUUAUUUAUUUAUAACACACGUUUGUUUAUACUAUAUGGUAUGUCAGAGAGUAUUCUAAUUUAUGUAAAGAGUUUGCGUUUAUUCUGUAACGGGACAAAAAUAAGCCAACGAUUGAAUAAACUAUGUAAAAUUGUAUGUAAUAAAAUUAUAAAAAAAUCUAA